GAAGUUUCUUGACAAGUUUUAGUACGUUAUGGUAUUAAGGAAAUGACAAACUUAUCCUUCUGUAAGGAUAUACCUUUGGUGGACAGUAGUAGCCGGCACUCUUGCAAUGGAUAUUGCAAAAGCAAAUUCAUAGUGUACCCUACUGGUGAACACUUUCUGAAGUUGAGAACAGUUAUGGCAACUACAGCCAAUUUGAAUGGCAUAUUUGAGGCCCUGCCUGCCAUUCCUAGGCAUCGUGGCAUAGACAAGAAUCCAAAAAAGAGUAGAAUUACAUGCUUUCUUGAUAAGAAGAAGGAUGAAGUUCAAGAAAUCCCAGCUCAGGCAACAAGAAGACUUGCAAUAGGACUUGCCUCAAUCGCACUCUUUGGGAACAUCAGCAUUGGAAAAUCUCUAGCGGAAGACAAUGGAUUUUGGCUCACAGGCCCUUUACCAGUACCAUAUGCUAACAACAAGAUUAACAAUGAAGAGACGGGAACUCGUUCUUUUCUCAAGAAAGGAAUCUACAUUGCAAAUAUUGGGACUAAAGGGAGAAUGCACAGGUUGAAAAGAUAUGCUUUUGACCUCAUAGCAAUGGGGGAUUUGAUUGCACAACAAGACGCUUGGAAUUACGUAAGGAGGUAUCUGCGACUCAAGUCCACGUUUAUGUACUUUGAUUUUGACGAAGUGAUUUCUGCAGCACCGGCAGAUGAUAAGAAGUCUCUGACCGAUCUUGCCAAUCGGUUGUUUGACAACAUUGAGAAGCUUGAAGAUGCAGUCAGAAAGCAGAAUGUGUCUCAAACAGAGUCAAGUUAUCAAGCUACCACAUUAGUUCUGCAAGAGGUCAUGAAUCGAAUGGCAUAAACAUGCAUGACCACCAAAACAUUACUGUUCAUGUACUGUAGUUUAAGAUAUCUAAGAUGUUCUGUACUCUGGACUACGAAUAGGAGCAAUUUCAGAAGAGGAUCGACUUAUUGGCCUCGAAAUAUUUUAACACUUUGAUUUGAUUUGGAGAA